GUCCUUCCAAGGGUUUUAAAAGAGUCGGAGGAACAGACACUUUUUCUUCCUAGGGUUUAAGGUUCAUCGGCGACAGAAUUCAUCAAACAAUCUCUACAGUAUAAUCCAUCCAUUCUCAGACUAAAUGGCUUUCUGGGGAGUUCACUUACAACCAGGAAAACCCUUCACUCAUCGAUUUGACAAACCUAAAGGAAGGAUUCGCAUUUCUCAGGCAACAUUGGGAGCUGGUACAUCGAAGGAGAUGAGUGCCGUUCAAUGUACUGUGGGGAAUAAGGAUCCAAUUCUUUUAUGUGCAUUUUUGCCGUCUAAGAAGGUUUCAUGUCCGUUGGACCUUGAGUUUGAAGAGGAAGUUGAUGUUGUUUUUACAGUUACUGGUCCUCGGAGUGCUUAUCUUGCAGGUUUCUAUAUGAGGAAUUCUUCAUCUGAAAAAGUUAUCACUGAAAACAAAAUUGUAGAAGCAGGUGGAGAUUGUGGCACACGCGCAGACAGGAGUAAGAUUCAUGCGGCUCAUGUCAGUGAUGAGGGUACUAGUCAUGACCAAAAGAAGAGGAAGAUGACCGAGGCCCAAAAGAGUAUUGAAAAUGCAAACACAGAGGAUGAUGGAAAGCAAAUGAGUGAGCACCAAGAAAGUAUUGCUGCUAAUGUCAGCGAUGAAGGAUAUAAGCAUGAGCGAAAGAAGAAAAAGAAGAUGACUGAGGCCCAAAAGAGUAUUGAAAACGCGAACACGGAGGAUGAUGGAAAGCAGAUGAGUGAACUCCAAGAGAGUAUUGCUGCUCAUGUCAGUGAUGAGGGAUAUAAGCAUGAGCGAAAGAAGAAGAAGAUGACUGAGGCCCAAAAGAGUAUUGAAGAUGCAAUCACAGGGGAUGAAGAAAAGCAGAUGAGUGAACCUCUAGAGAGUAAUAAAACAACUAGCACAGAGGAGGAAGAAAAUAAGAUGAUUGAGUCCCAAGAAAGUAUUGCUGCUCAUUUCAAUGAUGAAGGUAAUAGGCGUGUGCAAAAGAAGAAGAAGAUGAGUGAGGUCCAAAACAGUAUUGAAAAUGGGAACACAGACGAUGAAUUAAAGAAGAUGACCGAGGCCCAAAAGAGUAUCGAAAAUUCUAACACUGCGGAUGAUGAAAAGAAGAUGAGUGAGCCCCAAAAGAGUAUUGAAAAUGCAAAUACAAAGGAUGAUGAAAAGAAGAUGAGUGAGCCCCAAGAGAGUAUUAAAACUGCAAACACAGAGGAUGGAGAAAAGAAGAUGAUUGAGGCCGAAGAGAGUAUUAAAACUGCAAUCAUAGAGGAUGAACAAAAUAAGAUGAAUGAAGACCAAGAGAGUAUUAAAACUGCAAUCACAGAGGAGGGAGUGAUGAAGGAAGUAAUUCCAUUACAAGAAAAGAGUUUCAGUAAUGGUAUGGUCAUUACAGACUUAGCAUAUGGCAAAGGCGAAGGUGAAGGAGCUUUUCCUGGAUCCAGGGUAACUGUUAACUACAUUUCUUAUAGAGAUGGUAAAGUAAUUGAUUCGAAGCUUGAUGGAUCUUUCAAGUUCCGUUUAGGUGCAAAGAAAGUUAUAAAGGGAUUGGAUGUUGGGAUUAAUGGUAUGCGCGUUGGUGACAAAAGAAGACUUACCAUUCCACCAUCAAUGACCACUGAUGGCAAAGAAGGGUUUGCUGCUGGUAAAGGAAAAUCGUAUCUGAUCUGUGACGUUGAGUUGGUUAAUAUUAAGUAACAAGAGAAGGAUAAGUCUUGCAUUAGGAAAAAACAGAAAAACCUGAUGGGUGCAUAUUUAUCAGAUAGAGAUUCAUAUACCAGCAUUAGGCUUCACACAUGAUUUUUGUUCUAACUUAAAGCCAGUGUUAGAUCCUCUUUGGUUCAUUGGCUAUGCAGUAGUUGUCAGUUAUGCUAUCAAAUUUGUUGAACUUCUGCCUAGGGGUUCUGAAUCUGAUUUUGGCUUUACCCAA